UAGCCUUGGCCCAACCUGCCGAGGGCCUGUAUUCUCGCAGCGGCGGUGUGGCGUGGCCGACACUUGAGCACCUGCCGGGUUUGCGGUGUUCGGGCUUGACUGGGUCGCCGGACUCUCCAUCCCCCACGCUGCACAGGCCACUUAGUAAUCACCGAGAUGCUCAGGAAGGAGAAGUGGCAGCGGCCCCCUCGUGCCCCUCAGCCUCAUCGUUGCCCUCGCCCGUGCGCAAAAUAUCGGCGUCGGCUGAUCGGCAUGACCUGUCUCUCGGCAGCGUCACGCCACGCGCCCGGACUGUACGCCGUACGGGCGGUGGUGAGUACCAGCGAUCUGUGCGUUGGUGCCACGAGUCUGCAAUCCGUCGAGAAGCAACUUGUGCCAGCCAUGCCAGCCACCGAUCUUCGCGCGAUCUCCAUCGGAGAGCUCACGGCGGGCGGGCGUCCCGGAGGCUCUAAGCGCCCGUGAUGCUCCUAUGCCGCACAUGGGACAGCUCGGACCGACAUGGUACAUGGGUACCCACGACAGACAGAGGAAGAGAAGUGGAAGAGAUG